ACGACAACCCACCUUCCGCAGCCAUGGCCCCCGUCCCUCGCGUCUACUCCAAGACCUACAAGGUCCCUCGUCGUCCUUUCGAGUCGGCUCGUCUUGACUCGGAACUGAAGACUGUCGGCGAGUACGGCCUGCGCAACAAGCGUGAGGUGUGGCGUGUCCAGCUUACCCUGUCCAAGAUCCGUCGUGCUGCUCGUGAGCUUCUCACCCUCGACGAGAAGGACCCCAAGCGUCUGUUCGAAGGCAAUGCCCUGAUUCGCCGUCUGGUCCGUAUCGGUGUGCUUGACGAGUCGCGCAUGAAGCUCGAUUACGUCCUUGCCCUCCGCAUUGAGGACUUCUUGGAGCGCCGUCUCCAGACCUGUGUCUACAAACUCGGUCUCGCCAAGUCCAUCCACCACGCCCGUGUCCUGAUCAAGCAGCGUCACAUCCGUGUCGGCAAGCAGAUCGUCAACGUUCCCUCCUACAUGGUCCGCCUUGACUCCCAGAAGCACAUCGACUUCGCCCUUACCUCGCCCUACGGUGGUGGCCGCCCUGGCCGUGUCCAGCGCAAGAAGGCCCGCGCUGCUGAGGGUGGUGGUGAAGACGGUGGUGAGGAGGACGAGGAGUAGAUUAUUAAAACUAGGAGUAUGGACGGGUUUUAAUUUAGAUAUUCAAAAAACGGGGUUCCAUUGUGACUGCAGCAUAGCGUGUCAUGUUGUACGAUCAUAUGAUAAACGAAUAAAAAGU